ACCUUUGAGAUUGAGUUAAGUUCUCCUCCUACAGCUUACCCCCUAGUGCGUCGAAAGCCAUAGCGUCGCGAAUACUUUAUCAAUCAACAUGAUUCAAAUUGGGAACGGUAGCUGAGAUUAAGAGCUACAACAUAUCCAAGUUUCGCGAUAUUCCAACGGCUAGUUUUUCGUCGACGUCGUUUCUUGUGAAGACGACUUUUCUGUCCAGAAUUUCGGAUUUAUAUUUUGAGUAAUUCUAGCUCCUAAGUUCACCUAGACUCCGUCCUUAAUCCUAACAAGUGGUAUCAGAGCUGUAUUAAGGACGUUGAGAGGAGUCUACAGAAGUGUGAAGACCCUUCUAGACCCACCAUGGCCUGUGGGUGUGCCUAAGUGGUGUUCUAAAGGUUGGAUGUGUCUUCCACUAAGGGGAAACUCUGCCGAAAUUUCGUGGACGCCGACACUUGUGAAAAUAUCGAGGGAGCUGAGUGUGGACAGCAAAGGGGAGCUGAAAUUCGUCAUUUCUCAAGGAGAAGAUGAAUGAGAGAGGAGGAGAUGCUAAUGGAAGAGGAGCUGUAGCUGAGAAGGCAAGUGAGCCGCCGCCAUCAAAAGUUGAAGCUUUGGAUGGCUCCAACUAUGAGGAAUGGAGCGGACGGAUGAGGAGUGCCUUCAAACGCUACAAGCUACUGAAGAUUGCUGUUGGGGAAGAGAAGAUGCCGGAAGAAGGCGAAGCACGUGAACGGUGGAUUGAGAAAAGCGCGGUGCUUUUCGACCUCAUCCUUCAAUCGGUCAACAAGGAGAUGUUCGAGCACAUCAAGGAUCUUGUGGAAGCGGAUGAUUCGGGUCCAAGGGCGUGGAAACUACUACGCGAUGUGAUUCAGCCCAACACUCUCCCGAUGGUGAUCGUGCUCGAGAAGGAACUUGCUGCCAUCUCCAUGCGACCACGGGACGAUGUGAAGCCAGCCCUUGACAAGAUCAAGGACACCUAUGCAAGGAUGGCAGCAGCGGGCAGCAGUGUAUCUCAGCUGCAGCAGUGCACCAAGAUCAUCUCGGUGUUGGACAACUCUUGGGACAACCUCAUCCCCACCCUCAACUCUCAGCAAGAUCAAUGGACACCUGAGUGGCUAAGGCAGCAGAUUCUGCAGGAGGACUUCCGCAGACGCCAUGUGGGAGGCGGUGCUGCCACUAAGACUGCUGAGGGGUAUGGAGCUGCAGGGCGCGGCAGAGGAAGAGGGGGUUGGAGAGGCCGAGGCCGUGGGAGGAGCUUUGGCAGAGGUAGAGGCCGAGGUGACUAUAAUGAGGGGCAUGGGAGCUCCAGUGGCAGGGGGAGUACCAGAAUGGAGGGCACCUGCUGGUACUGCAAGAAGGUCGGGCAUCCUUGGUUCAAGUGCUUCAGCAGGCCGGAGGGAUGGGCACCUCCAGGCAUGAAGCCGCCAAGUGGUGAACGCGCACAAGGUGGCGCUGUGCAAGAUGAAGGUGCACAAGGUAACGCCUAUCCUGGGAUGUAUCUCAUGGUUGAGGAUGUGCAUGGGCAUGAGGGUGAUGUGGGAUCUGUCGGAAAGGUUGUGAUGCACCCUCUCACGCACUGGGUGAUUGAUUCGGGUUGCACCAGUCACAUGACCCCACGGGCAGAUUUGCUUGAUGAGGUAAAACCCCCUGGGAAGAUCAAGUAUGUGGCAGCAGCGUCAGGUGCUUUGCUCCCCGUUAUUGGUGUUGGGAAUGCCAAGGUUAAGGGAGCUAAUGGGGAGCUUGUGGGGCUUGGGAAUGUUCUGCUGGUUAAAGGCUUGUCUGCUAACCUUCUCUCUGUCGCCCUUGUGAAGAACAGGGUGCUGGCUACAGUUGGAGAUAAGGAGUGGAUCCCAUAUAUCAAGUGGUAUGGGAGUGCUCCAGCUGUGAACAUGCUGAGGGCAUUUGGGUGCAUGGUAGUGUUUCAUGUGCCUAAGGAGAAAAGAGGGAAGUUGGAGGCUUCUGGAAGAUGGGGUGUGCACUUGGGGAUUGCAAAGGAUCACAAGGGAUGGCUGCUAUGGGACUUGACCACCCAGAAGCUGACAGUGUCAAGGGAUGUGAAGUUUCUUGAGUCCCUGUACUACAAGGAAUGGAAGCAGCAGCAACAGAAGCUUCCAUCUACACCGCUCAUUGUGGAGGCAGAUGAGGUGCAGCAGCCUUCAAGACAGGUGGAGGUUGCAGUGUCAGAGGAGGAGAUGUCUGGGGUGACUGAGGAAGGGGGAGCAGCUGAAGUAGUGGAGCAGCAACAGCAACAUGAGUCUCCACCUCGAGUUCCACACCCGCCUGAGCGACCUAGGAGGGAUGUGCGCCCUCCUGUGAGGCUGACCUAUGGGGGAAGAGGCAAGCCAAAUGUGGUGCAGGCUGGGAGUGUGGUUGAGCAGAUUGAGGAAGAUGAGAUCGCUCACUGCUACUGGGCACCAAUCCCUGAGCCCAAGACUCGAGAGGAGGCCUUGAAUGGACCAAAUGGGGAGAAGUGGAAGGCGAGUGAGGAUGAGGAGUUCGGGUCCCUAAUUGAGAACGAGACAUGGGACCUGUGUGACUUGCCUCCUGGGAAGAAGGCAAUCACUUCCAAGAUGAUCUACAGGCACAAGUAUGGACCUGAAGGGGAGCUGACCCGCUACAAGUCUAGGCUUGUGGCAAGGGGGUUUCAGCAGACAAAGGGGAAGGACUAUGAUGAGGUAUUUGCUCCUGUGGGGAAAGGAACAACACUGAGGGUGCUGUUGGCGAUAGCUGCACUCCUGGGAUGGAAGAUACGGCAGAUGGACAUUGUGACUGCCUUUCUGAAUGGGAUCAUUCUGGAGGAGGUGUACAUGAAGCAGCCAGAGGGGCUGGAUGAUGGGAGCGGCAGGGUCUGCAGGCUGAAGAAGGCAAUCUAUGGCCUUAAGCAGGCGCCUCGUGCAUGGUAUCACAAGUUGGAGGAGGCGCUGGUGGCUGGGGGUUUCAAGAAGAGUGAGUGUGACCCCAGCCUGUUCCUGCUGCAGGAGAAGGACGAAAUCCUCAUGCUCUUGGUGUAUAUGGAUGAUAUCCUUCUCUUUUCUGCAUCCACUGCUUUGCUGGACAGCGCAGAGCAGAUGCUGGAGAUGCAGUUCAAGUGCUCCAAGAUGGGUGAGGUGAAGUACUACUUGGGGAUGCAUGUGGAGAGAGAUGUGGAGAAGGGUGUGCUGAGGUUGCACCAGAGGAAGUACUGUGAGGGGCUGGCUGAGAAGUAUGGGCUGCAAGAUGGGGGAAAGCCAGCAACACCACUACCUUCAGGGUUUACUGUGGAGCCAUGUGCUGAUGAGGAGGUAGUGGGUGAGAGUGACAGGAAGCUCGUCGCGAAUACUUUAUCAAUCAACAUGAUUCAAAUUGGGAACGGUAGCUGAGAUUAAGAGCUACAACAUAUCCAAGUUUCGCGAUAUUCCAACGGCUAGUUUUUCGUCGACGUCGUUUCUUGUGAAGACGACUUUUCUGUCCAGAAUUUCGGAUUUAUA